CACAAAUAUUAAUUUUCAGCGCUAUUUAAACUUUAAGCUACUGCGGUUAUUGAUCAGUUGAUAUUAAACUACCGUCCUGUUGUGAACUAUUUGAUAAAACCAACAAAACAACCGCAUUAUAUUAUCGUCUUGAAGUAUUUAUUGUCAGUAAAAUUAGUUUGUGAUAAUGCAUCUUUUUCUUGCUUUGGGCCUGUUAAUUGUUUGCGGAAUGGUUGAUGCAACUUUCUACAGUCCAAGAAGUCAGACAUUUAAUCAGUUGAUGGAAAGGCGGCAAAGAUCUAUUCCGAUUCCAUAUUCCUAUGGAUAUCAUUACAAUCCAAUAGAGCCAUCAAUCAACGUUUUAGAUAGUUUAAGUGAGGGAUUGGAUUCCAGAAUCAACACGUUCAAACCGAUAUAUCAGAAUUUAAAAAUGUCUACCCAUGACGUGAAUUCAGUUCCAAGAACUCAAUAUCAGCCAAAGAAUUCUCUCUACGAUUCAGAAUAUAUUUCAGAGCAGGACAUCCCUAAUUUAUUUCCGGAAGAAGAUAGCUAUGACUACAAAUACCUAGGUUCACCGUUAAACAAAUAUCUAACACAGCCAUCAACACAAGAAAGUGGCAUUGCCAUAAACCUAGUAGCUAUCAAAAAGACAUCUGUCUUCGACUAUGGAUUCCCUACUUACAAAUCUCCGUACUCAUCAGUUUCUGUGUGGAACUUUGGUUCGAAAAUUCCAAAUACCGUCUUCGGAGAUCCUCAAUCAGUAGAAUCGGACCUAGAUACUUUUAGAGUAUCGUCUCCCACUGUAAAAACAGUAAAACUAUCGCCUGAAACGUCAGAACAAGAAUCAAUCAUUACGACAACAAAAAAUGAUGAAUUGAAUUAUAAAACUACACAAGAAACUCUGACUGAAGCUGAAUUGUAUCCUACAACUUCAGAAGAAAACCUGACUAAAGACGAAUCAAGUUUUAUAACAACUGAAGAAACCUUGACUGAAGAUAAAUUAAAUUCUAUAACUACAGAAGAAUUACAGACUGAAGACGAAUCGAGUUUUAUAGCAACAGAAGAAAUCCUGACUGAAGAUAAAUCAAAUUCUAUAACAACCGAAGGAACCCAGACUGAAGACGAAUCGAACUCUAUAGAAUUUAAUUCUAUCAAAACAGAAGACAAAUCGAAUUCUAUUACAACAGAAGAAAACCAGAAGAAAGACGACGAAUCAAUGUCUACGACUUCGCAGGAAACAACAACAGAUUUUAAUCUAAAUUAUGCGUUUGAUACAAAUAGGUAUUCAUCUUCUCAUGACUCUGUUAUGUUAAAACUAAGAGAUCUAUUAAAGAAGAUUGAAGAUCUUAAAAAUAAAUCUCAGUUUAGGACCGUAGACAAUAUUCCUGCAAAAUCCCAAACAAAUUUAUCAAGUGACGGAAGUACAAACCAACAAUUGGAACCACAGUUUGCCAAUGGAAUUGAUACGUACGAAGAAUACUAAAAAUAAUAUUUUAUUUUAUCAAAUUCUAUAUUAUUAACAUUAUUUUAUGUAUCAUUUAUUUCAUUAUGAAAAAACUAUUAUCCUAUUUUUUAUACCAAACAAAACUGUUAUAAUAUAUUUAGAUAUAAAGUAACUUAUUUUCAAAUAGUAUAUUAUACAUAUUUUCACUGUUUACAUUAUUGUAAUAAAUAAACAACUCAUACACACAUACGUUGAUAUUUUGAGAGAAUAAAUUUACUAACUACUGAGUA